AUGGAAGAUGAAUAUGUUAUGGUCAAUGGCAGAAAAACUGUAAAUAAAACAAUCUUAAAUAAUAGAUUCCUCGAAAGAUGUAUCAAGGAAAUAGAAUAUACAAUGGAAUUACAUUGAAUUUACAUUAUUCAAUAGGGUAAUUAUGCAAUAAUUUAUAUCUUUAAGUUUAAAGCAAAGAAUCCAAUCAUACAUAUAUCAAGAAGACUCUCUUGUUUAUCUGAAUGGUCAUCAUCUUGUGCUCUAUGAUAUAAACAAAAAGAAACAGCAAUUUAUAUUAAGACCUAAAGAUGAAGAAGAUGUAAAUAAAUGCAACUUAAUUUUAGGUUGUAGUGAUGAAUCAUUGUGUUAAUGAUAAGAUGAUACUCUCUGUUGGUCUAGGACUCAAGAAUACUAUCAAAAAUUAUGCAACUGUAAGAAUCUAUAAAACCAAUCAAAAAUCUUUCACUCUACUUCAUUAGCAUCUACCUUUUGGAACUUAAGUCAAAGAUAUCGCCUUUCUUCAUACUGCCAAAUAUACUAUCACACUUUGUUACAAUAUUAAUUCUCAUGACACUUCAUACAUCAGUGUAUUCAAAACUAAUACUGAAUAACUUAUUACUUACAGUGAUAUAGGUGAAAAUUAUGUUGGUUUAUUUGGAACCUACAAAGAUUUCGAAUAAUUUGGAACAUUCGGACAUAAUGUAUUGAAAUUAUGGAAAUUUAAUCCAACUGAAAAAUAAUUAGAUGAUGUUUUCUUAGAUUAUGAGGGAGUUAUAACUCAUGUAGUCUAAUCUAACAAGUAAUUAAUAUAUAUUAUAAUUAAAGAAAAAUAUUCCUCAUGAAUAAAAAAGGAAUUUUAUAUUUUUAUCGAAAAAACAAAAUAAUUAAUUCAGCCAAUAUCCCUGCUGAUUUGAAUGAGACUCCUACUGUUAUAGCAGCCUAUUCAGAAGGAGUUGUUGUGGGAUUUGAAAAUAAACCUAUUAUAGCUAUGUAUGAAGCACAUAAAGGAAUAAUAGAAUAUAGAAAAUAAUAUACUCUAAAUAUUAGUAAUCUCUAAAAACUUGUUUAUAUUCAUGUUGGAAAAGAUGACUCUUAUAUAUCCAUUACAGCAUAACAUAAAACUAGAUAAACUGAAAAUGAAGAAAUCAAUUGUGAAAUCUAUCUCUUUAAUCUUGGAUUUGUUGAUUAUAUAAAUUCUGCAUUUAGAGAUCCUUUUGAAUAAUUAUUUCCUUAAGGUGUUCACAAAAGUAAAAUUUUAAAUAUUGAAUCAUCUCCUUCAAAACCUAUUAUUUGUGUUUUAUCUGAAGAAAGAGUAUUUAAAGUAUGGGAAUUUACUUAUGAAGAAGGUAAAUUCAAGUGUCUUUAUUCAUCUACUUUACAUGAAGUCCCAUAAUGUAUGGCUUUGCAUCCAAUGGCAUUUUAAUGUGCAAUUGGAUAUCGUGAAGGACUCAAAUUUUAUUUUGUUCUCCAUGAUGAACUUAAAUAAGUUUAUUAUGAAUCAUUAAAAUAAUGCAGUGUUGUUAAAUAUACUCCUUUAGGAAAUCAAUUAGCUGUUGGAUCUUAGAAUUAAAUUCUCAUUUAUGAUCCAUAUACUUAUAGAUUGAUAUAAACAAUAUCAGGACAUAUGGGUACAAUUGCAUCAUUAGAAUGGUGUGAUAAUACACUUAUAUCUACUUGUAGUUAGGGAUUAGUAAUGGUAUUCAAUCAAACUAGAUUGGUUGAUCAUUCAUUUAAAUUACAUAAAGGAUUUUGUUAGACUUAUGAUCCUGAAUAUGAUUUCCUUAUUGGAAGUUAUUCUGAUAAUAAAGUUAGAAUCUUUAAUGAAAAAGGAUAGAAUUUAUAUUAUGAAAUGGAUAUCUAUCCAUGUCAAUAUGUAUGUGUAUAAAUUCUUAGAUUUCUGGAUAUGAUUGCAUUUGGAACUAAUUGUGGUAAAGUGAGAUUAUAUUUAUGGCCUUUCACAUAAUUCAAAAAUGAUUAGGAAAUGUUGGAAUUUCAAUUGCAUUAAGGACCAAUAACAUAAAUUAGAAUGUCUUCAGAUCAAUAAUUUCUUAUUACUGGAGCUGAAGAUGGUUCAAUAUAAAUUUGUAAGGUUAAAGAAUGGUAUGAUGGUAAAGAUAUGACACCACAAGAAACAUAAAAAGGAUAAAGAGUUAAUUCAAAAGGGUUACUUGUAUCCAACUUAUACAGUUUUAGUAUAUUAGCUUUUGUGAGUAAGAAUAGUAUUGAAAUGAAGAAGGAUCUUAUUAAAGAAUUAGAUUUUAGGAUUUCUAAUCAAAAAAGUGAUUAAGAAGAUUAAAAAUAAGAUAUAACUUAGAAAUAUUAAAAAUAAGAAAAAGAAUUAGAAUAACAAUAUUAACAUUAGAUUGCUAGAUAUAAGGAAGAAUUAUCUUAAAUUAUGGAAGCAAAAGAUACUAGAAAUAAAAAUUUAGAUAUUGAUUUAAUUGAUUUUAGAAAAAAGUAUUAGGCAGAAUCACACUAAAUAUAAGAAAAAACUGAGAAAGAUCUUUUAUAAUUAUAUUAGAAGAAUGAUGAAGUUAAAUAAAGAUUAUAAUUGACAAAUGAAGAAAAUCAAAGAGAAUAUGAAUAAAAGAAAGCUCAUUUAGAAUCUAUUAGAACAAAUAUUAAAAAUGAUUAAGAUACUAAAUUUAAUGAUUUAUUUUCAAGAUUUUAAUCAUCUAAAGAAUCUUUUGAAUUAGAUGAAAAGAAGUAUUUAGAGGUAUUCAAAGAAACUGAAAAAGAAUUUGAAUAAUUAAUAAAUGAAUAGAAAGAGAAAAAACUAAUUAAAUUAAAGGAAUUAUUAGAUAAAAGUGAAAAGAUAAGAUCAAGUAAUACUAAAUUUAAAAAAGAAUGUGAUAGAUAUUAAUUAAGAAAAUAAGAAUUAGAAAAUAUGAUAAGAGAAACAAGAACUUAAAAAGAUUUAAUUAACAAAGAAAAAGAUAAUUUCAAAUUAAUAAAUUAAGAAAAAAAGAAUUAAUUAAAAGAAAGAGAAAGAUAAAUCUUUUAAAAAGAAAAGGAAAUUAAAAAUUAUAGAAAUAAAAAUGGUCAUUUAUAAAAUUUUAAGAAUGUCAAUUCAUAUCGUUUAUAAUCUUUAUAAGAAUAAAAAGCACCUUUACAAGAACAUUUAUAAGAUUUAGAUUAGAAUGUUAAAAUUAUGUACUAAGAAUUGACUGAUGAAGCAGAAGCUGAAAAGAAUUUAGAAAACUUAAUAGAAGAUACUUCCAAUAAAAUUAAAGAAUUGAAAAAUUAAUAUCUGAUAAAAAGGGAUUCCUUAUUCUCAAAAAGAGGAGAGGUCUAAGAAAUAGAAAAUAAUAUAUUCAAAGUAUUAGCUGAUCCUGAAAUCACUAAUUUUAAAGAAAUGUUAUAAAAUGUUCACAAACAACAUUUCAUUAAUGGCAAAAUUAACAAAGGUGAUGUUAAUGAAGAUUCUAUUUAUGCUGAAAUUGAAAAGAAUACAGAAGUAGCCAUACGUGAAGAAAUGCUUAGAUAAAGAGAUUUCUUAAGUAAAAAGAUCAACACAAUCACUAGAACAAGCAAAGCAGCUGAUGAGGAUAAAACUAGUCUUAUUAUUAGAGUUUAAAAGGAAAAUACUAAUCUAGUAAAAUCUUGUAAUGAAUUAAGAGAAUAAAGAGCAAAUCUCAUCUCUCAUCUGUCUAAUAUGUAAAAAGCCUUAGAUAUAUUACAAAAGGAAAUUUCUUCUUUAAAUAAUGGUGAAUCUAUUGAAUUAUAACCAUCAGAUGAAGAUGUUCCACUCUAUAUAGAGAAAAACAAAAUAUAAAAACAAAUUUCAGCUCCAAAAUUAACACCAUUUUAAUAAUAUCACUAAGAAAAGGACAUAUCAAAAAUUAGAAAAUCUGACACUUUUCUGAAAAGAGAUAAAGGAUAAUUAGAUUUAUAAUAAUUGAUUAAAGAAAUUAAAACAUAUAAUUUAACUGAUUAAGAAUUAAGAGUAAUAAUAUUUUUAUAAUUAGGAUUAAGUAUAGCAAUUUUUAAGAAAUGAUGAAUCUUCAUCUAUUCUUCCUUAAAUUCUAAAAUAUCCAUUCAAUUAAUCUCAAGAGGAAACCCAAUUAGCAGGAUUAGAGUAAUCCAUCAUUAAUACAUCCUUGGAAACCUAAAAACUUUAAUUGCCAUUAAUUAAAUAAUGA